AAACUACACGUUAUGCAAAUAUUAUAGAAUUUGGUGGAAACCAACAUCGAUAACGAUCCCCUAUCUAUGACGAAUGGUAUGUGACCACAGUUGGCAUUUAAUUGAAUGUAAGGAAACCAACGGACCUAGAGGCAUCGAUUGCGUAAAAAGGUGAAGAUAACGAACAUGAAAAAAGGAUGGUUUUUGAUCCCCACACUGCAUCUCCUAUGCUGCAAUAUUGCGACCAGUUCUCGUGGAGUUUACAGGUUCUAUAGAAAUAUGCAAGCUGGUCUCUCUAGCAGUGUUCAUGCAUCAAGCGUCGAUGAUUGUGCAGUUCUCUGUUCUGAACAAGGUAGUCAAUGUACAUGUUUUCAUCAUGAUGCGACAAAUGGAUGCUAUUUCCUGAACUCCAUCCAGGAAUUAAUUCCAGCAUCGGCAUCGGGAUAUGACCUGUACUGUGAAAAAGAUAUACCUGUCACGAUGUACCUUGGUUGCUAUGGAGACACAGGGUUUGAUAGAGAUAUGCCUGCUUCUGUGUCACCAUCUAGUUUAUUGACUCCACAAGUCUGUAUUGCUGACUGUCGGAGUUUGGACAAUGGUUACCUUUAUGCCGGAGUGCAGAACGGAGGCCAAUGCUUUUGCGGUACGACUUAUGGGAAACAUGGAACAGUUACGAACUGUAAUAAGGCAUGUCCAGGUGACAGCACAACGAUGUGUGGAGGAUUCGAUGCCCAAAAUAUUUAUGUAAUCUUGGACCCUUGAUUUUAUCAAUGACAUAACAGUUUUUGGCAAUUAUAUACACUUUUUAAUAUUUAAUUACAUGAUUGAAGCGUUUUGGACCAAUAUUCAUUAAUGUAAGUAUGGUAGCAAUUUGAUAUUUAUUUGUUAUUGAUAAUGCAAACGGACACCAAACAAGUAGUAUGCCAGUAUUGUAAUUUGCAUGUUUUAAAGCAUGUAAACGUGAUUCCAACAUCCCCUGCGUCUGAUUUAUUAACAUGCAUACAUUUUCAUGUCACCACCAAAAGCGGUUGGCGUUGGU